UUAAACUCAGAAACGUCGAACAAGCGCUACAGCCUGCCCGCCAACUUCAACUUACCCAACAAUAACUAUUUGAGGCAAAACUUCAGCCCCCUUAGCGAUGGUCCCAUCAAUAGGAGGUUGCAUAGGGAGUCCAUGCAUGAAAUUGGAUUUGGAAAGAUCGAGUCUUACACGAAGUUGGAUAAAUUAGGAGAGGGCACGUACGCCACGGUGUACAAGGGCAAAAGUCACCUGACCGGUAGCUUGGUGGCUUUGAAGGAGAUAAGGUUGGAGUACGAGGAGGGCGCGCCCUGCACUGCCAUCAGGGAAGUGUCAUUGUUAAGGAAUCUGAAGCAUGCAAACAUUGUGACACUGCAUGACAUAAUACACACUAGUUUAUCUCUCACUAUUGUCUUCGAGUUUCUCGAUAAGGAUUUAAAGCAGUACAUGGAGGACUGCAACAACAUCCUUCACAUGCAUAAUGUCAAGCUUUUCCUCUUCCAAAUCCUCCGUGGUCUGUCCUACUGCCACAAGCGCAGGAUCCUACAUCGAGAUCUCAAACCGCAGAACCUCCUCAUCAACCAGCUGGGAGAACUGAAGCUGGCGGACUUUGGCUUAGCCAGAGCCAAAUCAAUUCCUACGAAGACUUACUCCAACGAAGUUGUCACUUUGUGGUAUAGGCCGCCGGAAGUUCUUCUUGGCUCUACUGAGUAUUCCACUCCUAUAGAUAUGUGGGGUGUCGGCUGCAUACUGUUCGAGAUGUCGACUGGGCGACCACUGUGUCCUGGCUCAUCUGUCGACGACCAACUACAUCUCAUAUUCAAAGUU